AUGGCUCGCUCAGGAUGUCCAAAACAGUCUGCUCCUUUGGAUCUUUCACAUCACUUCUCUCAAACUACAAUUCGACGUGAAUCAAGCAACCUCAAAAGGUUGUACAAGUACUUUGUCAUUCCUGGCAUGGGGAAUCUCGCUGGCGGUAUGCCACAUGCAUCAUACUUUCCGUACGACACGCUCGAAGCCACGGCUGCCCGUCCUCAGCGUUUUGAGCCGACUGCAAAUGAUACGUUGACAGCCCGUAAGAAUUCGAACUUAUCGAUUCACAUGACUGUGCCCAAAGAGUGCCAAACAGACGACUUGGAAAAGAAGAUUGAUAUAACUACUGCCUUGCAGUACAGCACAGCAGAGGGAUUGCCUCCCAUGGCAUCAUUUGUCCGCAAAUUCACUAGAGACCACUUACACCCCAACGUACCCUAUGCUGGAGGACCAGAUACUCUUCUCAGCUGCGGUGCGACCGACGGCUUCAACAAAGUCAUUGAGACUUUCACAGCCCCCUGGAGCCCUGAGCGCGAUUGGGUUCGAGACCGCCAGGCCAUUCUCUGUGAGGAAUACGUUUACAUGAAUCCCAUCCAAACGGUCAGACCACGCGGCCUCAACGUCGCAUCGGUAGCCAUAGAUGCGCAGGGUAUGUUGGCGUACGGCAAGGGUGGUUUGGCCGAUGUCCUCGAAAACUGGGACUAUCACGAAGGCCGCCGGCCUCAUCUCCUGUAUACCAUCACGAUUGGACAAAAUCCCACAGGCGGCACCAUGUCAGUCCAACGCAGGAAAGAGAUCUAUGCUCUGUGCCAACGGUACGAUAUCAUCAUCGUCGAGGAUGAUCCUUACUGGAACCUGCAGUAUCCAUCUGCACAAAGAAUGGCGGCCCGUUACCGUAACAUUCCCAUUGAGGAACCACUGACAACGCAGAAUUACAAUGCUCACGGGAAAUCAUCCGGGUACCAAUUCUUAGACUCUCUUGUUCCAUCAUUUCUAUCUCUGGACGCAGAUGGACGGGUCAUUCGCCUAGAUACUUUCUCGAAAACUGUAGCGCCCGGCUGCCGCUUGGGUUGGAUCACAGCGCAACCCGCCUUCAUCGAGCGGAUCACCCGUCUCACGGAGACCUCGACACAAAAUCCCUCCGGCUUUGUUCAAGCGAUGGUUUCGGGCCUGAUCAUUGGCCAACCCCCUGACAAGAAGGAUGCCAGAGCCAAAGACGACAGUCCAUCGGGCUGGCAGAUGGACGGCUGGGUGCGCUGGCUGGAGGGUCUCCGUGGAGCCUAUGAACGGCGGAUGCAGUCCAUGUGUAGCGUUCUAGAAGAGUGCAAGUAUAUCAUCCAUGGCGAUGGAUUUGGUGACGCUGCAUCGAACGAGGAAUGUGGCUGGGAGGUGAUUGAGAAAGUACAAAUGUACGACUUCAGCUGGCCCAUGGGUGGGAUGUUCGUUUGGAUCAAAGUCCUCUUCAACACUCAUCCAUUAUACCAGAAGUACUCGAUGGAGAAACUCUCGAAGGCGCUGUGGGUCCACCUCACGCAGGAACCGUAUCUAUGUCUUCUGGUUCCGGGUGAUUUAUUUGCACCCACGCCAAAGUCCAUGGAUCAUGCCUGGCAAUACUUCAGAUUAUGUUUCGCCCCGAUGCCUGAUGAAGAGGUCGCGGUGAUUACAAACAGAUUAGUGGAUGGAUUCCGAGCUUUUUGGCAGAGGAAGAAUCUGGAUGGCUUAGAUGACAUCGAAGAGUUGUCGCAGAAGAUCCGGAGCCUGCAGGCAGAAGGUGUGAGCAGCAUGAUGGGAAUUGGUUGUUAA